AUGAAGCCCGAAAGCCCUUACGUCUACCCCCCACGGGGCCAACACACGCACACCUUCAUCAUGUUACAUGGACGUGACGGCACUGGGUCUGAGUUUUGCGAGCAGCUGUUUUGGUCUGUCACCUCACAGAUGAAGAACUUACCCGAAAACCUACCCAGCUUCCGCUGGGUAUUUUCAAGCUCAGAGACAUGCUACAGUGCUAUGUCGCAGCAGCAGGAAUCAUCUUGGUUUGAUAUCUGUUCCCUGACGAACACCGACGCUCAGCAAGAGCUUCAAGUGCGUGGCCUGAGGAACUCUGUCCUGAAGAUCCUGGAUAUUCUGAAAGACGAAAUCGACCUUAUUGGUGACCCAACACGUGUCUUUCUCGGAGGCAUCAGUCAGGGUAUGGCCACGGCCUUGUGUACCUUCCUUUGUGCACCUGGCCGCAUCAAAGGUCCCCUCGGGGGUGUGGUGGGAUUUUGUGGCUGGCUGCCGUUCGUUGAGCAGGCCGAGACCUUGGUUCGGCGCCAACAUGCGGAGGACCUGCUACGGCAAUACUCAAUCAGCAGCAGCAAGAUUCGAAGUCAAUCCAGUAUGCUUGACAAACGACUCCAGCUUUCGAAGCUCUUUCUAGAUACUAUUGCCGGGCCCAACAUCCAUCAAGUCACCGAAGAAACGGACAAGUCUGUGCUAUCAACCCCAGUAUUUCUCAGCCACGGCUCAGAUGACCGACUAGUUUCUGUUAGACAUUUCCGCCGGGCUCUCCAUGUCCUAAGAGAUGUCGGCUUUUCUACAGAAUGGAAGGAGUUCGUCGGUGCGGAGGCAGAAGGCCACUGGAUCAAGCAGCCGGAGGGCAUAGAAUACGUUGUCGAGUUCAUUCAGCGGCAAGCAUCAGAGGAAUAG